UAUAUACGAAUUACGAAAAGCAAAAAUUGCGUCUAGUGAAAAAUGCCGCUUUGAUCAUGACACGCGGUUCCUCGUGAUAGACGUGUGUGUGUGUGUUUUAUUUGUUUGUGUAUAUAUUAAAAAAAAUAUAUAUAUAUAUUUAUGUGUACAUAUAUAUAAAAGUGUUGGUGGUCCUCUUUUAUCGCAUUGCCCUUGAUUUUUUUUUCUCUUCAAAAAUAAUAAUAAUAUUUCGCAGGUAAUUUAUUAAAAAAAUGGUUUUUUACUCUCUCGGUUAAAAAUAAUUCACGGAAAAAAAAGAAAUGACAUCUUAAAAUCCAAAUAUUGUUUAAUAAUAAUUAAUAAUUUUCGCGUGUUUUUUUAUUUAUUUUUUUUUAAAUUUAUUGUUCGUUUAUAAUUAAUAUAUAUUUGUGACAAAGUGCAGUGAUUUAAUUAAUAUAGAAAACAAAAAGGAAACAUUUUCAUCGUGUGACUAAUACUUUUUUUGCAAAAAAAGAAAGGACCUACUUUUUGGGAUUUUCGAUUACAAAGCGGAAUUGUUGUUUGGAAAUUUGUAAACAUCAAAUUAAAAAUGCAGGAUGCAAUUUUUUAUUCACAAUUAUUACAACUUCCAAUGGAAUUCCCAGAAUUCGAAUCGACUCUUCCAAAGGGGAUUUUAAGUCACAAUUUUAACGUUCAAUGGAAUUCUCAGGAAGUGUUUGAGAAUUACGUCGAAUUCUAAGGAAAUUGUCGAAAAGGGAGAGAUCUCCGGGUAAAAGAAUGGAGCGUCUUAGGAGAAGUUUUCGUGAGAGUUUUCGAAGACGAAAAGAUCCACAUGUUCCGGAAUCGAGUAAACCACAUCAGUGGCAAGCUGAUGAAAGUGCCGUUAGAUCGGCAACUUGUCAAUUUCACGUUAAGUACUUAGGUUGUGUAGAAGUUUUCGAAUCGAGGGGAAUGCAAGUUUGCGAGGAAGCCUUAAAGGUUCUUAGGAAUUCGAGACGGAAACCCAUCAGGGCCACCCUUCAUGUUUCCGGCGAUGGUUUAAGGGUAGUCGAGGAUGAAACAAAAGGUCUACUCGUCGAUCAAACGAUAGAAAAAGUCUCGUUUUGUGCUCCAGAUCGAAAUCAUGAAAAGGGUUUCAGUUAUAUAUGUCGAGAUGGCACCACCAGACGGUGGAUGUGUCAUGGAUUUCUCGCUCUCAAGGAGUCGGGUGAAAGACUGAGUCACGCAGUGGGAUGUGCGUUUGCAGCCUGUUUAGAAAGGAAACAACGUCGAGACAAAGAAUGUGGAGUUACAAUGACCUUCGACUCUAAGACGUCGACUUUUACAAGAAGUGGCAGCUUCAGGCAACCGAGCCUUACCGAAAGGCUACAAGAUUCACGAGAACGGGCCGUUGAUGUACCUCCAGUGAAACCCGUCUAUAAUCCAUUUGCAAUUGAAAGGCCCCACGCAACACCAUCAAUGUUAGAGAGACAAGGAUCGUUUCGCGGAUUUAAUCAAUUAAAUCAAGCCUCACCAUUUAAGCGACAGCUAAGUUUACGUAUUAGUGAUCUUCCUAGUAAUUUAGAACGCACGCGAAGUCACAGUUUAGAGCCAACGGAUCUUUCACGAAUGCCAGCAUUGUCACAUCUUUUACCACUGAAACCACCAGUGAGCCCUAUACCGGAGAUAUCGCCAAGUGGCCAUGAAAGUUUGUCAGCCAUGUGUCAACAAGUCACACAAGGUCUUAGUCUUCUAUCGAGUAACGAUGAUUAUGGACCAACAACUAUGAUUGCUGUCACGAGCACUGUUGCAAAACAACUUUUCACAAGCACUACGACUUCCUCGCUUCAAGUAACGAACAGCAACUCAUUGGAUGACAUAAAACUGCAAAAUGGUUCCGAACAAACCGCAGACGUUUGGCAAGAAUCAUCAUCACCAAUUCUCGCCACAAACAAUAGACUCACGCCAAUUUUAAAUAGAAGUUGCAAUUUGAGUCCAGUGCUUCCGCGUACAAAUAUCACAUCAGUUGUCAUGAGUACACCAUCACAAACAACGGUGACAUCCAUAUUUGGUACAUCGGCAGCAAGUCCCGCAUUUAGUACUGCGUCAACAUCAUCAUUGAGCAGUGGUGCGCCACAUAUUUUAAAUCGAUCUCCAGUUCCUGUGAAUCCAAUCACAGCAUCUGUGACGAGUUCACCAAAUGCAAGUGUCACAUCCGUAUCGUCAGCACAGUCAUCGACUGCAUGUGAAGUCAGUCAAAUCACCACUAAAGCAAGUCAAUCGCUCGCCAAUGUGGAACAAGUUCAGGCGUCAGGUGACUUACCAAAACCAGAACAGUGGUUGGGCAGUGUCACGGGCUCAGUACCCCCACCACCACCGCCAACAGUGCAAUCAGUACCGCCAUGUCCAUCGAAUCAACGUCGUGCACCGCCACUUCAUUCGCGUGCACUCUCAUUGGGUUCGGCAGGACUUCAUCAACAACAACCACAAUCAACGCGCGGUCCCACAGACCCAUUUGACGCUGAAUGGGCAGAAAUUGCUGCGCGCAAUUUACGUCAAGCAGCACAAACAAAUCCAUUUAUUAUGCCCAAUGCAACGCAAGCAUUUCAGGUGCAAUUAUAGCGUCAGGAGUUUGUCAACAGUAUUGCCAAUUUUUAUCGAACAAAUACACAAUGAUUAUGAUAUAAUGACGUUUGCGCACAAUUAAACACACACGUCAAUCGCGGAUAAAUAAUAAUAAUAAAAAUAAUUGUCGACGUUUUUUUUUUGUCAUCAACGAAACGGGAAUCUCUUUUUUUUAUUAUUUCGUGAAGAUAUUAAUUAAUUAGUUAAUUAAUUUAGUGUCGAAAAUUUUUAUUAUUGACAAUACAGUUGGACCUGUUUUAUUGUCGGUAUAUAUAUUUUUUUUGUAAAUACAGUAGAACCUGUGUAGGUACAGUGGAAACUUGUGAAUAAUUCUUUUGUUUAUUUUUACUACAAAACAAUUUUGUUUUUGUACAAAAAAAGAAAUUCUGCGAGUACAGUGAAAGUUUUGCAAUAAUACUGUCUCGAGAAUUUGUGUCAAUACAGUAAAAAAAAAAUACCGUGAUACUGUCAAUACAGUAGUACCUGUGAAAUUAUAGUUACAGUCAAAUCUGUAAUACGGUAGAACCUGUGAAAUUAACAAAUACAGUAGAACCUCGUGCAGUGAAAUCUGUAUUAAUUGUCAAUACAGUAGAACCUGUAAUAAUUGUCAAAGCAGUAGAAUCUGUAAUAAUUGCAGUGCAGUAGAACCUGUAUUAUUGUCAAUACAGUAGAACCUGUGAAAUUGUAAUUACAGUUAAAUCUACAAUAUUGACAAUACAAUAGGAGUGAAAUUUUUUCAUUGCAGUAGAACCUGUAUAGUUGCAGUUAAACCUGUAAUACUGCAAAUACAGUAGAACCUGUGAAACUGUAAAUACAAUGAAAUUUGCAAAUACUGUUCAUUCAAAACUGUUUAAAUACAGUAAAACUUACGAAAAAUGGUAAAUGCAGUAAAACCUGUGAAAAUGGCAAAAGCAUUAAAACCAACGAAAAUGGUGAAUACAGUAAAACCUACGAAAAUGGUAAAUACAGUAAAACCUACGAAAAAUGGUAAAUAGAGUAAAAUAUGCAAAAAAAAAAGGUAAAUACAGUAAAACCUGCGAAAGUGGCAAGUGCAGUAAAACCUGUGAAACUGGCAAAUGCAGUAAAUUCUUUUCAACUGUUAAUGUACAGUAAAUAAGAGACAAAAAAUUUCUUUGCUAUAUUGUCAUCCAGUAGAACAAAUACAGUAGAACCUGUGAAAUUGUUAAUACAAUGUAGAAAUUUAACGUUUUUUCUUUUGUUACGAAAAAAGUAGAGCCUUUUUUAUUUGUGUUUAAUACAAGUGGAAUUUUAAUUAUUUUUUUUUUGUAAUUUAUGCAAUACAGUAGAACCUCGUUUAUUGUCUCAUGUGCAGUAAAAAAACAGUUCUUUCAACGAAUUUUAAUAAAAUCAACGAUAAAAAUAAUAAAUUACACGGAAAUAAAAAAUUUACCUUGAACAACGAAACGUUUCAAAAAGUUUUAAUUGUUUCAGUCGAAAUCCUUUCGCUAUUCCAGUGAAAUUUUUCGCUGUUUCAGGUAAAUUUUUUUUUAUCGUGUAGAAAUUUUAAAAAUUAAUGAAAGAAAAAAACUGCUCAGGCCUUCGAGGAACUUUUUUCAAUUUACGCAUUUGUUUUUCUCUUCGAUAAAAAAACGAAAUUGUUUCAAUUUUUAUUUCGAAUUUUGUGCAAAAAAAAAAAAAACAAAAAUUUCUUUGUGCUCAAUUUUUAAUUUCUCUCGCUGUUAAAAAAAUUGUUUUAUUUUGCCGAGAAGGAAAAAAAACAUUUUUUCGUCUGACUAAUUUUUGUACAAAUUAAAUUACAAAAAAGUUUUUGUGUUAAGGAAAAAAAUUUUUUUUUUAAAUUACAAAAUAUAAUUUAUUUUAUUAUUCUUUAUUUAUUAUUGUAUUUAUUAUUAUAAUUAUCAUUAUUAUUAUUAUUUCUAUUAUAAUUAUUAUUAUUAUUAUUAUUAUUAUUAUGAUUAUUAUUAUUAUUACUAUUAUUUAAAUUGUUAAAUAAUCGUUGAAUUUUUUUUUCAGCGAAAGAAAAAUGAAAAUAAAUUUUUAUUUCCCAAAAAAAACAAAAUUUAUUUCCAAACAAAUUACUUAAAAAUAAAAUUCAAUUUCAAUAAACAACGUAGAUCUCCUAAUAUUAUUCGAAUCACUUUAAAGAUUUUGAAUAAAAUUUCUAUAUAUGAACAAAAAAAUAAUAUAACUAAAUAAAGUGAAGGCGCACAAAAAUAGUAGAAAAAAAAAUCUAGUUAUUGUAAUUCACCAUCACGUUAAAAAAAAAAAAUAAAAUCUUAUACGCACCAUACAAAAAAAAACGAUCAACGCAGCACUAAAUUUACAAAUACUUAAAAAAAAAAUAUAAAAUAAUGUAAAAAUUUUACACAACAUUAAAAAGUUUCGCAAAAAAAAACAAAAUUAAUUCAAAUUUUCAACGAAAAUACAAAACAAAAAAAAAUUUAAUAAAAACAAGAAAAAAAUCCAAAUGCACAAGAAUUAUAUAUUGUCGAAGAACAAGAACUGUGAUAAGAAUAAAUAAAAAAAAGCGAAGGCCAGUACUUAAAACAAAAAAAAAAGGCGAAAAAAAACUGAUAAAAUGAAACACAAAAAAACGAGUCAAAAAUAUUUGCUCAAAUUCGUCAGUGAAGAAAAUAUUAGCGAUUUGUUUUAAUCGUCAUAAUUAUUAUUGUGAGAGAGAAAGAGAGAGAGAGACAAAAAGAUAGAAAUAGCGAAAUGGUUAACUGGAUGCAAAUCUAUUAAUUAAAAAAAAAAAGAAAAAAAAAGUUAGAUGUUCAACAUAGCAAAAAGAAAAAAAAACCUUAUACUCUGUCGUUGUCUAGUAUUUAACACAAAAAAAAGUCGAAGAAAACUGAUUAGUUUCUUUUUCUUAAAAUAUAAAAUAUAAAAUAUUUUUACCAUAUUUUUUAAAAAAACAGAAAUUUUUUUUUCUGUACCAGAUUUUCGUACGAUUCGAUUUUGGUAGAAAACCAAAUUUGUUACGGUCCGAUUUUGGUACAGAACCAAAUUUGGUACGAUCCGAUUAUGGUACAGAAUCAAAUUUGGUACGACCCUAUUUUGGUACAGAACCAAAUUUGGUACGAUCCGAUUAUGGUACAGAAUCAAAUUUGGUACGACCCUAUUUUGGUACAGAACCGAUUUUGGUACAAAACCAAAUCUGGUACAGAACCAAAUUUGGUACAAAACCAAAUUUGAAACGGCCCUGUUUUGGUAGAGAAUCAAAUCUGGUACAGAAACAAAUUUGGUACGGCCCUAUUUUGGUAGAGAAUCAAAUUUGGUACAGAAUCAAAUCUGGUACAGAAUCAAAUCUGGUACAGAAUCAAAUCUGGUACAGAACCAAAUUUGGUACGACCCCAUUUUGGUAUAGAACCAAAUUUAAUACGAUCCGAUUUUGGUACAAAUCCAAUUUUGGUACGGAUUAAUAUUUUUUUUUGUAUAAAAUUCGCUUUGCACAAUAUAUUUGUCUAAAAUUUUUAUUUUUUUACACAAUUUAAAAAAAAAAAACUGAAAAAGAAAAUGAAACUAAUCAAAUUUCUAUUUUUGACUUUUUAAAUUACACUAAAACACAAUUUUGCAUUUAAUUUUCUAUAAAAGGGUCGAGGAAUUUUUUUGCGGAAAAAUUCCACAAAGCCUCGCAAGAAAAAUCAAAAAAGCAAAAAAAAAAAUUAUUGUUAUUAGCAAACUUGUAGUUUUUUGACUAGAAUCCAAAAAAAAAAAAAAAAAAAUUUCUUUCUCCUUCAAGCCAAGAGCAUAUCGUUAGUUGACUAGAAAAUAAAAAAAAAUUUUCCCUCGACCAAUUAUAUUGCACCUUGGGCACUUUUAAGCCCUUUUCCUUAACUCCUCACUGAACCCCACUAUUCCCUCAAAAAAAAUAAAUAAAUAAAUAAAUCACUAUCGAUAAAUUUAUCGCUAAAGAGUUCAAUAAAAAUAAUAAUAAAAUAAUGAUAUAUAAAUAAAUAUAAAUAUAUAUAAAAAGAAGAAAACGUAAAAUAAAAAAAAAUUCUAUCAGUAUUGACACAAUUUAUAAACGCUCGGCUUAAAAAAAAUAAUAAACAAAAAAAAAUGAGAAAAAAAACGAAAAGGAAAGGUCAAAAUUUGUAUAAAAAAAAAUAAGAAAUUGGAAGAAAAAAAAUUUUUUUACCCAAGAUUUCCGUCUGUAAAUAAUGAUAAAAAAAAAUUCAUGGGAAAAAAUUUAUUUUUUUCAUUUUCUUAAUGAUGAUGAUCUUUUUCAUUUUGACAAAAAAAAUGUGGCGAGAAAAAAAGGAAAAAAAUUAUUAAAAAAAAAAAUUAUAAAAAUUCUCGCACAGCCAGUGUCUCGCCUUAUGUAUGCAAUGUAUAUAAAGUAGUGAUUAUUAUAUUUAAUAAUAAAAAUGAAAUUAAAAAAAAAAUUGUAAGGGAAGAAAAUGAAAAAAUAAACACAGAGAAGCGAGAGUAGAAAAAAAAAUAUAUUGAGUUUUCCGAGCCAGCAAAAUUCGAAUCGCAUAUCAAAAAGAUAGAAAGAAAGAAAGAAAGAAAAUAGUAUUACAUUCCUAUGAAGGAAAACUUUUUUUUCAUGAUAAGAAUAAUAAUUGUUAGAAGAAAAAAAAACAAAUUUUCCAUUCAAUUAAUUAAAAAAAAUUUUAUAAAAAAAAUAAAAUUAUUUCUUCUUUUUUUUAAUUAAUUGAAUCAAAUUGAAAAGUGUUGGCGUUUUGUCGAUUUUGUAUGUGAGAGAAAUAGAGAGAAAUUGAGAAUAAACGACAGUGGAAACUUAAAUGAUGCAAAUGGAGUAAAUUGUCUUCUGCAAGUACUUAACUUUGUUAAAAUGGAAUAAUUUUGUCGAUAGGAAUUGCUUUAGCUCUGAGAAAAACAAAAUCUUCGAUUCUCUCUUCCGUCCCGAAGUCGAAGAAAGUUUUUUGCAAGCACAAGUCGGUUAUCUCAAGAAUAAAAAGAAAAAUAAUGAAAAAUAAAUUAAGAGAUACCAAAAUUAUUCAGUGUACUUAAGCAUUAUAACCUAGCUCGUUUAGCCAAUCAAUGUUGAGAAAUUUUUCAUUUAAGAAAAAAUUUUUUCGAACAGUUUAUUCAAUGAAUUUUAAAAAUUUGGAAAUUUCAGAAAUUUUGGUCAUUUUGCCCAUUUCGGUCAUUUUAGGUCAAUUUUGGUCAAUUUUGCCCAAUUCAGAUCCUUUUUGGCAUUUUUUGUCCAUUUCUGUCAUUUGCACAAGUAUUUUUAAUUUGAUAAUUUUCUUAAUUAAGAUAAUUUUUUUCAGUUAGGUCAAUUUUGUCCAAUUCAGGUCUUUUUUUGGUCAAUUGAGGUCAAUUUUGCCAAAUAUAAUUCGUUUGUGGUCCUAUUUAUUCACUUCUUUCACUCUGGCAAGUGUUUAUAAUUGAGACUAUUUUGCUAAGUUGAGGUAAUUUUUACAAUUAGGUCAAUUUUGCCCAUUUGAGUCAGUUGUAGGCAAAUUUGACCAUUUAGAAAAGUAGGACAUAUGCUUAAUUUAGAUUAUUUUGUAAAUAUACUUCAUUUUUGGCAAUUAGAUCAACUUUGUCAAUUUAAUACAGCUGCAAACAGGACAAAACCGACCUAAUUGGUCAAAAAAUGUCCUAAAUGUAAAAAAGACCUAUUGGCUAAAAACAAACACUUUGUAAAAAUAAUCAUACCAUAAAAAUGACCUUAUUGAUCAAAUGACCAAAAAUUGACCUAAUUGUCCAAAAAAUGACCUAUUUGUCCAAAAAUGAUCCAAAUUUGAAAAAAUUUGCUAAAUUAAAAAAAGUUGAAAAACUUGACAUUUUCUGUAAAUAUUCAUUUUUCAGAAAAAAAAAAUUCAUUGAAUAUUAAAUGUUAGAAAAAUUUUCUCAACUGCAAGUUAUAAAUUUUUAAUUUCCAUUUGUUGGAAAAAGCUUUAACGGCAAACUGUACAUAAAGCAACAAAUAAUACGUUCUAGCAUUAUUAUUAUUAUUAUUAUUAUUAUUAUUAUUAUUAAUAUUUUAUUAUUUUAUAAUUUUUAAAAUAACGAUUUGAGUGGAAAUACCUCGAAAAAAUGGAAAAACCUAUUUUUUUUUGUUAAAUUUUAACUCAAAUCGAAAUUUAAGAAAAUGAAUUUUAAUAACAAAUAAGAUUUAGAGAUCUGUGAACGUUGCACGCUAUAUAUAAAUAUAUAUAUAUAUAUAUAUAUAUAUAUAUAUAUAUAUAUAUAUUUAAUGUAUAUUCUCAUUCGGCGAACGAUUUCUGUAAUUAUGAAUUACUGAGAUUGGCAAGUGGAUUUGAUAAAUAGCGAGAUGAUUUUUCCUGCUUAAAAAGCAGUUGAAAUAAAAAAAAGAUGGUGAAAUUUAUGUGAAAAAAAAAAAAAUUUUUAUUGUCAAUUAAACUAAAGAAAAUGAAUUGAAUAAAAAAUUGACAAUUUUACCCCAUUGUUAUGAUGUAAUAUUACCCCAUCAUGCGGGGUAAUUUUGACCAUUGAAUAAACAUUGAAAAAAAAAUUUUUUUCACCAAUUUUUGUUUUGAGUCAUAUUACCCCGUUAGUAUGGUGUAAUAAUCAUGCGGGGUAAUUUUGACAAUCGAAUAAAAAUUGAAGGAAAAUUUGACAAUUUUACUAAUUUUUUGUUUAUAUGUGUCCUAUUACCCCAUUAUCAUUGUGUAAUUUUACCCCAUAGUGCGGGGUAAUUUUGACAGAAUAUUAGUAAAAAUUCAAUUGAAAUUAACAAAAAAUGAUUAUAAUUCGAAUUGUUAUUUUUUUUUAAAGUUGAUUAAAAAUUAAAUAAAUUAUAAAUAUAUUUUUUUUCUCACAUAAAUUUUGAGUGAACAAAAAAAGAUGGAUUAUUGGAAAAAAAGGUGGAAAUUUGGAGGAAAUUUCUUAAAUAUUUGUAAAUAGUAGGGAUGGUGAUGCCGAUCGAUUUCUCUGAAUCAUCGUACGAAUUAAACGCGUGUAUAUUUCGAAAACAAUAUCUUUGUUUAUUUUGCAAUGUAUUAGCCUCUGUAAAGAUACGAUUUAUUAUAUAAUAUCUGUUGUGAUUAUGAAA